AUGGCGUCAGGGGGUCGGGGCGUCGGGGGGCUGGGGUGGGUCGCCGAGCUGUGGUGGUGCGGCCGGACAGCGGCGGCCCGAGCGUCCCCGGCCCGCCGUCGCCCCCUCAUAACUUUCUGGAAGGAGCUCGGAAAUUCGCAGUGAGUCACAUGACUAUCCUCAUAGAGUGGCCAAGUUUCCAGAAAACAGAAAUCGAAACAGAUACAGAGAUGUAAGCCCAUUAUCUACUUGUAGGAUUGAAGAGAGUUGACACAUCUGUCAGAUGCUUACAUUCUUGGCCGGGAAGCGCCACAUGGUGUGGAAAUCAGUGCCGAACGCUUACUGUCCCCCAUUGAGAAUGGAGCCUGAAGCAGGAAGUCUGUUAAAGCUGUGCUGAUAGUCAGUCUUCUGCCCAGUUUCUGUUCAUUGUUCUUGAUCUCUGCCUCAGCAUAAAUGUGAGCCCUUCCUGUUUGACCUGGAAGACUUUCCACAAGGAGAUGUCUUUACAAUAAUGAAAAAAGAUGAUCACAGUCGUGUUAAACUGCAAAAUGCUGAAAAUGAUUAUAUUAAUGCCAGCUUAGUUGACAUAGAAGAGGCGCAGAGGAGUUACAUCUUAACACAGGGUCCACUUCCUAAUACAGGUUGUCAUUUCUGGCUCAUGGUUUGGCAGCAAAAGACCAAAGCAGUUGUCAUGCUAAACCGAAUUGUGGAGAAAGAAUCGGUUAAAUGUGCACAGUACUGGCCGACAAAGGAUGACCGAGAGAUGCUGUUUAAGGAAACAGGCUUCAGUGUGAAGUUCCUGUCGGAAGACGUGAAGUCCUAUUAUACGGUCCAUCUGCUGCAGUUAGGAAACACCAAUAGUGGUGAAACCAGAACAAUAUCUCACUUUCAUUAUACUACCUGGCCAGAUUUCGGAGUCCCUGAAUCACCAGCUUCAUUUCUCAAUUUCUUAUUUAAAGUGCGAGAGUCUGGCUCCUUGAAUCCUGAACACGGGCCUGCGGUGAUCCACUGUAGUGCCGGCAUUGGGCGGUCAGGCACCUUUUCUCUGGUGGACACUUGUCUUGUUCUGAUGGAAAAAGGAGACAAUAUUAAUAUUAAACAACUGUUACUGAAUAUGAGAAAAUACCGAAUGGGGCUGAUUCAGACACCAGAUCAACUCAGAUUUUCAUACAUGACUAUAAUAGAAGGAGCAAAGUUUAUAAAGGGAGAUUCAAGUAUACAGAAACGGUGGAAAGAACUUUCUAAGGAAGAUGUAUGUCCUGUUUUCGAUCAUUCACCAACCAAAAUAAUGACUGAAAAAUACAACGGGAACAGGAUAGGCCUAGAAGAAGAAAAACUGACAAGUGACAGGUAUACAGGACUGUCCUCUAAAAUGCAAGAUACGCUGGAGGAAAACAGUGAGAGUGCUCUGCGCAAGCGCCUUCGGGAGGACAGGAAAGCCAGCACAGCUCAGAAGGUGCAGCAGAUGAAGCAGAGGCUGAAUGAGACCGAACGAAAAAGGAAAAGGUGGUUAUAUUGGCAACCUAUUCUCACUAAGAUGGGGUUUGUGUCCGUCAUUUUGGUUGGCGCUUUUGUUGGCUGGACACUGUUUUUUCAGCAAAAUGCCCUAUAAAUUAUUAAUUUUGCCCCGCAAGCUUCGGCACUGGUAGCUGACAGUGUUGCGUGAAUCACAGGGGUUCAUCUGUUAGCAAACUCCUCAGACGCCAGACGGUGCAGUUGACUAGACACCCACAGAGAACUGGGGUGUGCAGUCCCCUCAGCACCCCAAGGCGCUGCCCACACUGUACCCGCUCCCUAAAAUAAAGACUUGAAUGCUUCGUAAGAACUGGUACAUUUUCAACUGUAUUCAUACAUGUUAAGUAUAAUAUUUCACCUGACCAGACUGAGAAGUCCUUUAUCACGUCAUUUUUGGAGGCUGUCUGGAUUUUAACCUGCACUUGAUAUAAGCAAUAAAUAUUGUGGUUUUAUGGACAUUAUUACUGGAAAGAAAAUGACCUUUAAGUAAUGCGUGUAAUGUAUAAUGUACUGUUCACAUGGGCAUCAACAUUUUAUAUUCUU